ACUCCAAUCGUCAUCCCAAACGAAAGCUAAGCACUCUUGUUUAGAUCAGGUUCGUUUUUCAUCAACGUUUCGCCGAUUCCCCUUAGUUCUUCUACAUACAUACGAUGCCCUAAUUGUCCUCUCUGUUUCUAAUUAGGGUCUCUCUCUCUCUCUCUCUCUCUCUCUCUCUCAUGGACUCUUUGCUAGCAACCUAUGCCUCUUCGGACGAAGAAGAAGAAGAAGAAGAAGUGCAUGAGCAACCCGAAAAAGUAGAUCAUCCUCCACAACUCUCCUCUAAAUUCAGCCAAAAUUCACCCUCUUCCUCUAUCUUCUCUUCUCUCCCACCUCCCAAAUCUGUAUCCUCUCUCUUCUCAUCUCUUCCCCCUCCAAAAUCCCACCCCCCAAACCCACCUCAAACCCUAACCAAUCUCUCAUCUUCAAAACCCAACAAUCAACAACAACAACAACAACUUGAAGAUUGGAAACUAGUUUCCUCUAAUCUUAGUGGUCCUGCAAAACCCUCCUCCUUGUUCUCUUCACUUCCUGAACCCAAAUCUUCUUCAAUUUUCUCUUCCCUUCCUCCACCCAAGUCCCUCAAUGCAGACCCACUUCCCGUCUCCAACAUUUCGGCUUCUUCUUCGGAACCCAAUCGGAAAAAGGUUAUUCAAUUCAAGAUUCCAAUUAACCCAUCUCUGAUGAAGUCUCGCGGUUCUGAUGAUGAUGAUGAUGAUGAUGAGAAGGAACGAGAAGGUAAAAAGUCUGUGGAUUCUUUGACUCAAACGCCUUCUGUUAAGUCAUUCCUAUCGAGUAUUCCUGCACCCAGGAACUCCUCGGCAUUGGGUGCUCUGCCUACAGCUUCUGGUUCGAGUCGAAGAUCGAUUCUUGAGGCCAAUGUACCCGCUUCAAGUUCAGAUGGUUUUGAAAUUAAAGAUGAAGUGGGUGGUAAUCCAAAUGUACAAAACUAUGUUAGCCAAUGGGUUGACAGGUCAUCGUCUGCUUCGGUGGGGGAUGCGGCUGGUUCUGCGGAAUAUGCAGUUGGUGAUGAUGGUGGUGGUGGUAAUACUUCUGGUUGGGUUUCAUCCAGUGCUAAUUAUGAAAACUAUGACAGUUAUGCUGGUUAUGGGAACCAUGCUUAUUACAGGCAAUAUGAGAGCAAUUGGGGUGAUGGCUCGACAGCAAUGGCGCCAUCAGAUGUAUCGGGAAUGAGUGAAAGUAUCGUGAAAAUGCCUGGGAAGAGAGGUAGGAAUGAGAUUCCUCAGGAAAUAGUUGAGGUGAAUCAGGAUGAGCUGAUUAAGAAUCGACCACGGGAGGACCAGGUCAAAUUAACUGGAAUAGCUUUUGGGCCCUCUUACCAGCCUGUUUCGACAAAGGGGAAGCCUACAAAGCUACACAAGAGGAAGCAUCAGAUUGGUUCUUUGUACUUUGAUAUGAGACAGAAAGAGAUGGAACUUGCAGAGCGCCGUUCCAAAGGCUUCCUCACAAAAGCUGAAACACAAGCCAAGUAUGGGUGGUGAGUUCAAGGUGAUUUGCUUUCUCAUGUUCUGUAAUUGACACUGGAAACAAAGUUGAAAGUCACUGAAUAAAAGCUCUCGUGUAACAAGUUGAACUCUCAAAACAAAAGCUUGCUUUCGUGUAACAAUUUUACUUUAUGUCCAGUGCCAUCACAAUUCUGACAAGCAUUAAUCUGGUUUUUGCUACUUUA